CCAUAUACACGCACACCAACACCACAAAAUUUCCAAAACCACACCCUCCACCGGAGUUCCAAAACCGCCCCCACCACCACCAAUCCCAUUCUACCCACACAAAGAAUAAUAAUAAAUAAUAGUCAAAAGGUCAAUUUCAAGUAUUCCACACGCCACAAAACUUGAGUUUUGACACCCUUUCAACCCAAAAAACGAACAUAUUCAACUCUUGCUGUAUUCAAUUUAGGUUCCCAUUUCACCUCAACUCAACAACAAUAAUGGAAGAAUCAUCGGAAACUGUGGUGAGUAAAGUAGGCGUACGGUCAUCAGUAAUCGAAUCCCUCAAGGGUUUCUCUUUUUCCGGCGUACGGAUCCGUAAAGAUGAGUUGCGGAACAAGCUUACCAUGCCGGAGUAUUUAAGAUUGGCGAUGAAAGACGCCAUUUUUGAGGAAGAUAUUGACGCCGGAAAACGUCACUAUGACGUCAUCGCCGCCGGUGGUCAUGAUGCGCCGCCGGUCGCCGCCCCUGAAGCGCCAGUGGUUGUGUUUAUUAAUUCCAAGAGUGGUGGUCGUCUUGGGCCCGAGUUGAAAGAUUUGUUGCAGGAUUUGAUGAGUGAAGAACAGGUUUUUGAAGUUCUAAAAGUGAAGCCACACAAGUUUAUUCAGUUCGGGUUGGGUUGCCUUGAGAUGCUUGCUAGUCUUGGUGACAGCUGUGCCAAGGAAACUCGCGAAAGAUUGAGGGUUGUGGUUGCAGGAGGUGACGGUACUGUGGGUUGGGUUCUCGGGUGCCUAGGAGAGCUUCAUAAAGCGGGUCGGGACCCGGUUCCACCUACUGCAAUCGUACCUCUUGGUACAGGAAACGACUUAUCCAGGAGUUUCGGUUGGGGUGGUUCGUUUCCUUACAACUGGAAAACAGCUAUUAAAAAGACCCUUGAUAAGGCAAUUCACGGUCCAACUUGCCGCCUGGAUAGUUGGAAUCUUGUAAUAUCAAUGCCAGCGGGUGCAGCAGAUUUGGUUGCCCCUCAUUCUUUGAAACGAUCAGAAGAAGUUGUUCUUGAUCAGGAUUUAAAAAUAGAAGGAGCAUUACCUGAAAAAGUUACUUCCUACCAAGGAGUCUUUUAUAAUUACUUUAGCAUCGGGAUGGAUGCCCAAGUGGCUUACGGUUUUCAUACUCUGAGGAACAAGAAACCUUAUCUUGCCCAAGGUCCUAUUUCAAACAAGAUAAUUUACUCGAGUUAUAGUUGCAAACAAGGAUGGUUCUUUACGCCUUGUAUAGCCGAUCCCGGUUUAAGGGGACUAAAUAACAUCUUGAAGCUGCAUGUUAAAAGACUCAACAGCACGACGUGGGAGCCUAUUACUAUCCCCUCGAGUGUUAGGUCUAUAGUGGCUUUGAAUCUUCAUAGCUAUGCAAGUGGAAGAAAUCCAUGGGGAAAAUUGAAGCCAGAAUAUUUACAAAAGAAAGGGUUUGUUGAGGCUAAAGCAGAUGAUGGUGUUUUAGAAGUUUUCGGGUUUAAACAUGGAUGGCAUGCAUCGUUUGUUAUGGCCGAACUUAUUUCAGCCAAACACAUUGCACAGGCUAGUGAAAUCCGGUUUGAGUUGAGGGGUGGAGCAUGGAAAGAAGGUUUUAUGCAGAUGGACGGAGAACCAUGGAAACAACCCAUGAACAACGAGUUGUCGACGUUUGUGGACAUCAAACGGGUGCCGUUUCAGUCGGUUAUGAUCAAGGGAGAGUAAGUUAUGUAACUAAGUGAUGUGUAAAAUACUUGUUUGUCUUGUAAAAGAAAAAAAAAAGAGCAUUUGUAUGGUUGGUAAUUUAUUUAUUGUUAAUAUUAGUUGUUUCAUUGUUAGUGGUGUGGCUUUUGUGAAGUCUGAAUAUUGUAAAUGGUUCAGUUUGUUCAACCUUGUUUAGAUGCACUGAAACCUGUAAAUGAAAUACUGAACUAUCUAGAAACUAGAUUUUCGUUUUUUAUAUCA